AUCAUUCAAAUUAUUAAAAAAAAUCUAACACCGGUGUUCAUUUGUUCACACUGAAAUCUUAACUAAAGUUGCAGGUCUCAAAAUGUGCUAUAAUUUUCCAGAGUGAACUUUGACUUAAUUGAAAAAAUGUAUUGCAGACAUGACAAUUUUUACUCUUUCAAGCAUAAACUUAUUUACAUCAAUGCUUUCAAGGAGGUGUGAUCAAGUUGAUUAGGUUAAGAUGAUGGAACCUAAGACUUUAGGACUUGCAAUAUUUGUCAAUUUGGCAAUCUACUAUUUCACCACUGACUGAGCUAAAGUGCUAAAGAAUUAAAUGAGUGAGUAGGUAGGUAAUAAAAUUUCUGAAACUUAUUUUGAGGGGAGAAUUUUAGGGGGAGGAAUGAUAAUUAAGUUUCACUGUUACUCCUAAAAUAACUUGCAAUAACCAUGGUAACCAAAGAAUACAAACAAAGUUUAGCACAUUUAUCACACCCAUAUUUUGACUGUAAUAUACAAAACUUUACGAAACACUGUUGUUUCAAACUUUUGUGAUAUUUUGAAAAUCACAAUUUAUUGUUAACACAUUUUAAUUUUUUUAAUUUGGCAAUGAUAAAAUGUCUGACACUGAAGAAGAAGAAAACUCUGGAAAAGUUACUAAAAUUACUCUAGUUGGGGAACCAUUGACUGGAAAGAGUAGUAUUUGCAACCGGUACGUGGGCGGCAGCGGUGUGUCGUGGGGCGGCACGCAGGGCGCGGAGGUGAGCGCGGCGCAGUGGGCGGGCGCGACGCCGCCUGCCGCGCUGCAGCUGUGCGACGUGGCGGGCGCGGCGCUGGCAACAGCCAUGCUGCCUAACUACUUGUACGCUUCGGAUAUUGUAAUAUUCGUGUACGAUUUGACGAACUUGCAAAGUUUUGAAAAAUUGGAUAUGUGGAUGAAAUCAAUAAAAGAUAUCUUUGAAUCUGAACCAAAGAAACCGUUGAUGGCUUUGUUUGGCAACAAAUCGGAUUUAGAACACCAGAGAGCCGUCAGACUGUCUUGUGUUCAAAAAUUCUCAUCAGAACAUCUGUUGGAAAACUUUAAAGGAUCAGCGAAGACUGGGGAAAUGGUUAACACGGCCUUUUCAAAAUUAAUCGCCCGAGUGUUGGGCGUCAAAAUGCCAGUCGAAGUUGCCGCUCACAGGAAAUCCACUGACACUCAAAUAUCAGAAACGAAUGGACAGCCGCAUUUACCAUCAAAUGACGCCACAAAUACGUUGAUUAUGAACAGGAAAAUGUUAAGGAAAAUUCAGAGAAAAGCUUCCUCAUCCGUUUGUUGCAUCCAAUAAAUGUUUAAGAAUAUUAAUUUUCCUG